AUGUGUCGCCAGAUACAGAUCUAUCACCGUUCCUGCCAGACGGAGGGACAACACAAGCAAUUUCUCUGUGGAGAUCCCGUCCCCGAAACAGUCGGAGGUCGCCGCAUCCGAACGCAGACCUGCGAUAAUUACCCAAUGCCAGACUUCUGUCCGUCCUGUCUCCUCGCAGGCGGCCUGUUCGAGGAUACUAUUGGAGUCCUUCAGAGAGAGCAACUCCUUGACUCUGCCAUGUACAAGAGAAAUGCUACCAGCCUCUCCCUGGCAUUUUCUGAGAGAGUCUGGAAGCGAGCAGAGAAUGAUCCCUACAACAAAGGCGACCCAGAUUACUUCGUCGCCCAUCUGCCACCCUUUGGAACAUCUAGAGCCGCUCAAGCCUAUCUCGUCUGGGUCUUAGGCCGAUUGAAAGUUUCAUUCUGGCAUCAAGUGAUCCAGAAGCGUGAGAGUCCCAGCCAGUUCCGCCGUAAGUUCCUCAUUCAACUCCAGAACUAUCAGAUUGCCAACUAUCUACAGCAAGCUGAAGAGAUUUACGACCUGCGCGAAACAUCAAAAAGAUGUCGGCCUCAUAUCCUGAGAAGUAGGGUUCAGCAACUCAGCAUCACCACCCUCCCUGCUGAGGAUUCCAACUGUAACAUCUGCUUGCAGCACCUUGGCGUAUCCGACGGUGACAGUGUGGCAGAGUGUCUUGUAAAGACACGCUGCAAUCAUCUUUUCGGUGAUCAGUGCAUCUACUCCUGGAUCCAGGACAACGAAACUUGCCCGAUGUGUCGGCACCGGUUGCUGAGUUUCAGCGAAGGUGAAGAGAUGUAUAUCAGAGAAGCCAGAGCUCAAAGAGAAUUGACGGGAGUGCCGAACUGGCUCGUCCGUCUCACCGGCUUUAAUAUCGAAGGUAUUCGUCAAAUUUGUGAGGAAUCCAUCAACUUUGAUUCGUUCCAUCUCACUGUGCACGGUGACAUCCCUCCCGAAUAUCACGAGGUCGAUGAGAACGCAUUUGCUUACAAUCACUUCGGGUUUCUUCAAUAAUUUGGGAGAAUCCAGGUGGGGUUCUGCUCUUUCCUCUCUAGUUGGAGGGCCUAGGCCUCACCAGCCUCUGUACUUUUACAUGAUCAUUGCAUCUUGACGUUUGCAAGUGCCAGGGCGUUCUUCGGGUUUCUAUGUCUUGACGCGAUGGUUGCUUCUACACAUCUGCAGCUGAGGGGGAUCUCUCGCUGUCUCUGUACUUUUACGUUAUCAUGGCAGGGCGUUCGGCGGACUUCAAUGUCCUUUCCCAAUCCUUGAUUUCACAAAUCUGCAAAUGAAAGGGGGUCUCUUGCAGUCUCUGUACUUUUACGCUAUCAUGGCAGGGCGUUCGGCGGACUUCAAUGUCCUUUCACAAUCCUUGAUUUCACAAAUCUGCAAAUGAGAGGGGUCUCUUGCAGUUUCUGUACUUUUACAUGCUCGUUGCUGCUUAAUUGCAACUACGAAGGCGUUUGGCGGUCUUUUCUGCUUUUACAUGAUCGUUGCCUUUACAUAUCUGCAACUGAGGGAGAAAGCCCUCUCGCAGUUCCUGUAUUUUUACAUGAUCAUUGCUGCUUCAUAUUUGCAACUGCCAAGUGUAUGCGGUGGGUAUACCUUGCAUGGUCGUUGCAAAUUCAUGAACUACAG